AUGGACCUCGACGCCGUCACUGCUCCGUACGAAUACUACGACUACGAGGAGGAGGAGAACGCCACGAUGUGCGACUUCUCGGAGUGGGUGCCGUCGUACUCCGUGAUCCCGGUGCUGUACAUGCUGAUCUUCAUCCUGGGGCUGUCGGGGAACGGCGUGGUCAUCUUCACCGUGUGGCGAGCACAGGGCAAGCGGCGUGCGGCCGACGUCUACAUUGGGAAUCUGGCGCUGGCCGACCUGACCUUCGUGGUGACGCUGCCUCUGUGGGCCGUGUACACUGCCAUGGGGUACCACUGGCCGUUUGGGGUGGCGCUCUGUAAGAUCAGCAGCUACGUGGUGCUGCUGAACAUGUACGCCAGCGUCUUCUGCCUCACCUGCAUGAGCUUCGACCGCUACCUCGCCAUCGUCCACUCGCUGUCGUCCACGCAGCUGCACACGCGGGGGCACGUGCGGUCCUCGCUGAAGGCCAUCUGGCUGCUGUCGUGCUUGCUGGCCGCACCCACGCUGCUGUUCCGCACCACCAAACUGGACCACAGCAGCAACAAGACGUUGUGCGGAAUGGACUUCAGCUCCGUGACGCAGGGGCAGGAGAACCUGUGGGUGGCGGGCCUCAGCAUCUCGUCCUCGGCGCUGGGCUUCCUGCUGCCCUUCCUCGCCAUGAUGGUGUGUUACGGCUUCAUCGGCUGCACCGUCACGCGCCAUUUCAACACGCUGCGCAAAGAGGACCAGCGCAAGCGGCGGCUGCUGAAGAUCAUCACGACGCUGGUGGUAGUCUUUGCCGCCUGCUGGAUGCCUUUCCACGUCCUGAAGAGCGCAGACGCCCUGACGUACCUGGACCUGGCCCCCGCCACCUGCUCCUUCCUGCGCUUCCUGCUGCUCGCUCACCCCUACGCCACCUGCCUCGCUUAUGUCAACAGCUGCCUCAACCCGUUUCUUUACGCCUUCUUCGACCUGCGCUUCCGAUCCCAGUGUCUCUGUCUCCUCAACCUAAAGAAGUCCUUACACGCCAGUCCAGCGGGGUCUCUGUCCUCCCAGAAGACAGAAGCCCAGUCGCUAGCAACAAAGGUGUGA